UCUGUUUACAUGUUUAGUUUAGUUUAUUUGAUUUUUCGAUUUUUUUUUUCUUCUUUCAACUUAUUCUGGCCAUCUUCAAAGACCCUUUGUUUGGUCGAUUUUUCUAUUUCAUGUGUUAAAUAUGUGUUAUAGACUAUAUAUUCGAUUCGAUUAACAUCAUCGAGUAGUUAGUUCACUUUGGUCCCCUGUUUUGCCCAAAGCCACUGAAUUCAUUUGGUGGCCUGUUUGUUUAUUGUGUGUUUGUUGUCUGUUAUGGCUCAUAUAGUCGAUUGAUGAAAUGUCGUCAAUUAGUUUCUUGUAUUUGAAUACCAGAAUCACAUGAUGAUAGUUUCAUUUUUCCAGUAUGUUUGUCAUCUUGUUCUUUCUGUUUGAUUUGUGCGAUCAAGAUGAAUUUAUGAAUGUGUUCAUCUCCUCUUUUGGAUCGAAUGAUUGCCCAUUUGAAAAUCACCCCUGUUUUGCAUAUUGGAUCACCUGCCUUGCUUCAACUCUGUAUGAAUCACUGCCUAAAUUUGACUAGGAUUGGUUAUAACUGUGUGGUUGUUUAGUAGUUAAUAAUCAGUGUUAGUUAAAUUUAGAGGGGUUUAUAUACUGACUGUUAAGAGUUAGGGCAGAACAGUAAUCUUCAGGGGUUAAGGGCAACUUUGGGAUUUAACAGGGUCUAAUUAGAAUUAACUAAGAGGGUCUGUCAAGUUGGUUAAUAAUUAACCUUAGUUUAAUAUCAGUGGGGGACAUAACACAAGGGCAUGGGGUUUAAAUUCUAACACACCCAUGACUCUUGAUUAGUACAAUGGGAACCAAGUGUGGGGAACAAAAAUAACUUGCAUCAAGAAGACAAGUAGGAGUGGGAAUCAAAGGGGAAUGGGCAGGUCUAGGUCUGACAGCUUCAAGGCAGACCUUAGAGGUCUGUUCCUGGUUAUAAAUAGGAUCAGUUUCGACAUAAAAGAAGCUGGCUUUUGAAAAAAUCUUGAGAGUUCAGUAUUGAGAGAAAAUUGAUUGGCUUUCGAAAACACCACUCCUUCAGAAGUCACACAUUGUAAAUUAAUUGAAAAGGGUACUGUCCCAUUUAAGUCUAGGCAGAAAUUUAGAUUCCGGGCACUGAUUCUUGCCUUUUCUAAUUGUUGAAUCUGUUUGGAAGUCUGUUGAUUCUUUUGAGCAUAUUCGAGCCUAGUUGUUCUGUCUUGGCGGUGUUUUGUGUUGCUGUUGGUGUUGCAUCUCUGUGGCAUCUACUUUGGGUGUUUGUAUUGUUGUUGGUAUAGCUGUGGGUCAAAUUCUUUCCCUGUUGGUUUCUGGUUUGAAUUGUGGCCAAUCUGGUACUGGUGUUAGCUGUUUUCACUCUUCUAUUGCUGCUGGAAUUUUACUGCUGGUUUUAAGUCUGAGUUGUUUGGUGCUACUGCUCUGUCACUGUUGCUGUUGUUGCUGUGUUACCUACUGCUGACUGAUCUUCCUUCUUCUGUUCUGUUUUUCCAAUCCAGGAUGAGCACAAGUGAAAACAAACCCUUCACCGUCUUUAGCGAGGUCCCUCUCCAGCUCCAUAUGUGGUGGAACGAUUUGGAAAAAAGCAGCAAAGAAAUAGUGGUCAGAAUCUUGGGGGGUCUCAUCAGGCUACUAAAUGUCAAGGCAAGGCCGGAUGUCAUCGAGGCUUUAAUACCGUUUUGGGACCCGACCCGAAAUGUGUUUCGCUUUGCGGAUUUUGAGCUUACACCCACACUGGAGGAAGUAGCAGGUUAUGCGGGUAUGAAUGGGAAUCUGAGAAGUCAGUAUCUGUUGUCACCGAGACCGGUAUCUCCACACCGCUUUCUGGAUUUGUUAAAUAUCAGCCGGACUAUGCAAAAUAACGAUUUAUCAAAAGGAUGCUGCGCUCUUCAGUUCUUAUAUCAGCGUUAUGGUAAUCCGCGUGGUUUUGACGAGCCAAAAUUGGGACUGACUCAUGCCGGAAACAGAGGUAAAUGGGAAGCAAGACGAACCUUGGCAUUCAUAACGGCAUUCUUGGGAAUCAUGGUUUGCCCACGAGACGACAAGAAAAUAGAGAUAGGUCUCGUGGGGAUGGUUGACGUCGCAAUGAAAAGGGCUGACAGCACUAUAGUUCCCCUGAUCGUAUCAGAAAUGUACCGAGCAUUGACUGUGUGUAAGGAGGGAGGAAGUUUUUUCCAAGGUUGUAAUCUAUUACUUCAGUUGUGGAUGCAAGAGCAUCUCUGUCAUCAGGUGGGGUAUAUGAACUACGGGCUGACUGGUUUAAGCUGCAUUGAAAAGUUUGAGAAGCGGGUAACGGGUGUCGCGUUCCUCGAGGGUACUGAAUAUUGGUUUGUACGACUGAGAUCCCUGACGGCGGACCAAAUUGAAUGGGCAUUCGGUUGGUUGCCCGCUACUGAAGCAGUAUACAUGUCAGCAAAAGAAUGUUAUGUUCCUUUGAUGGGUGUCCGUAGUAUCCAACCAUACGCUCCCCAUCGGGUAUUGCGUCAAUUGGGAAGGUUCUAGGUUGUCCCUAAAGAUGAAGAUUUGAGCAAGCAUGUCAUCGAGCUAAGUCCGAAAGCCACGUUCCUGGAAGAUACAAUUCGCAAGUUGUGGCACGAAUGUAGAUUCCUCGAGCCCAAAACUAUGGUACGAGAUUUGGCCAAAGGCGAGGUAGACCCAAAGUAUGAUGCAUGGUUCGGGAAAAGAUUCCAGACUCAUCAGAGGCCUGCUAAAAGGGCCCAUGUCCAGCAAUUCACGGAUGACUCGCAAGAACAAUGGGUUUGGCUGGCAAGAGAAGAAGGCUAUCGGGUUGAAAUUGGCAAGCUGAAACAGCAAAUUGCGGACCUCAAAUAUGAAAAUAGCUUGCAAAUUGAUGCUAAUACGGGAGAGAAGAACAGGUUGACUCAAGAAAACAAGGCCCUGAAAACCCGAAUCCGACGAGUCAGAAUGGAUGCCAACAACCAACAGAGAAGUCGGGCCGACAAAAGAAUGAUAGCUGGGUUGAAAAAUCAAAUCACUGAAUACCAAGAGGGUUUGGAAAGGUCUGAAGCUAGCAUGGCGAGAAUCCGAGACAGAUGGGCGAGAGGUACAGAAGAGCGAGCACAGCGUAUGCGGCAAAUGAGAAGGGAUUAUGAAGGGACCAUUGCUAUAUUGAGAGAAACAAAUUCCACUCUCAAAGAGUGGGUCCUUAAACAAGCUCGAGAUGCCAGAACAGACAGGAAGCGUUGCUAUGACUUGAUGGCACGAAUGGAAGAACAAAUGGAGAGGUUCCAAGACCAGCUCGCUGACAAAGCUCAAGUGCUGGGAACGAAGAAUCAACGAAUAGAGCAACUGCUUAUGGAAAGGGAUAGAAUCAGGGGUAGAAUUGAAGAAAUUGGGUAGUACAUCACCAUGAGGUGCCUAGCAUGUGAGGAAAUGCCCCGUACUGCCCUCUUUGCUUCAGUCAUGGGUUACAUCUACCAGAUCAUGCAAGAAUUGAAAAGCUUGCAAAGGGGCCUCGCCCCAAAGCCUGCGGAAAGGCCGAACGAUGCCCCGCGGUCACCAAAAUUCAAAGCUUUAAUGUAUCCCUAGUUCAAGUCUGUACAGUUUGUUUUAAAGAGUCUGUUGUCUACCCGUCUGUUCUCUUUUCACAUCGAAUCAUGUUAGUAGUUUGGAGUCUGUAUGUUGUUUUUCCUUUUUCA